AGUGCGUGGACAUAGCCUCAGCCCACUGAGCAGGAGUCACAGCACGAGGACUAAGUGAAGAGGUGCAGCUGCGGCAGGACCCGGAGAGAUGGUACCAGCCAAGACAGAGUUCCAGUCCCUGCUGCUGCUCCUGCUGCUGGGGCUGUGGGUGGCCGAGACCCCAGUCAGUGCCAAGCCCAGCCACAUGACUUCAUCUCAGUGGUUUCAAACUCAGCAUGUGCAGCCCAGCCCUCAAGCAUGCAACUCAGCAAUGCGCAACAUCAACAAGUACACGAAACAUUGCAAAAACCUCAACACCUUCCUGCAUGAAUCCUUCUCCAGUGUAGCGGCCACCUGCCAGACCCCCAGUAUAGCCUGCAAGAAUGGCCAUGAAAACUGCCACCAGAGCCAAGAGCCUGUGUCCCUAACCAAGUGUGAGCAUACCUCGGGGAGGUACCCAGACUGCAGGUACAAAGAGAAACAACUGGAUGCAUUCUUCAUUGUGGCCUGUGAUCCCCCACAACAGGAGGAUGACCUGGGGUAUCCACUGGUUCCUGUGCACUUGGAUAAUGUUGUCUAAGGCCUGGUGCUCAUCCCACCUCACCCCCAAGCUCUGUAGACGCUAUGUUGCUGCUGCAUUUCCGCCCUUGAGUUAUUUAUUAAUCUUUACCCGCUUUACAAAUGCCAUUUCCCUCCCACACAUCCAACCUCACAUACUCUUGAUUCCUUAGGGGGGUUUAUGGAUGCUCCAAAUGAUGAGGGAAGAGGGGACAUUCUCUUUAGCCUGUCAGUGCUGCUUACUUUGCGUUCUCAAUUUCUGAUACUGUGUGCCCCUUCCAGAGUCAAGCACUCAGGAUCUCAGCAGGGGCGGAUUCAAGUUUUUUGGGCCUUGUGGCUUAUAUAAUUUUGGAGACCCUUUUAAAGAAACAGAAUAAAAAAUUAUAAUACAAAUGCAAAGUAAGUCAGGGCCUUGGAAGGGGUGGUUGGACAGUUCAGAGAGAUCCCAGGCUGGGGUGAUUAUCUAAGAAGGGAGGGCAGUACAAUCUAUGCGGGGUUCCCUGCGUUGGGUAAAGGAA